UUAAUGGCAACAGCUUCCAGGCGAGAUGUGCGCGCACACACACGGUAGACUGUUUGACCAACAUUGACAGUUUGUGGAUGAAAUGCGCUGACUACUCUUUUUAGAAGUUCUCAUUUUUUUGCUCUGGAUGGAAUGAAGGUUGGGUAGGAGAAAGAACUAGAGAGAAAUAAUGAACGUUUGGUAAGAGAGAAGGGUCGCCAAAAGGAUACAUUGCAUGACUGAAAUAAGGACAUGUAUGGAAUAGGACAAUUGCAAGAAAGGAAGACCAUUUCGGAAUAUUUUUGUACAUGCACAUUUUGAAUAAAAGAGGGAGAAGUUCCUCUUAUUUUCUGUCCUCAUCAAUUCAUUAGUAUUGUUUUCUCUUGCUACUAAGAUUUUGAUAACUAUUCACCUUUGAUAUACAGGCAAAUUCAGGCAACGGGAAAAGCUGCUGAAAAGUGGAAUAAUAUGAAAUAGAAAACUGAAAAAAGAGGACACUGACUUUUGUAAUAUUAUUUUCACAUAUAAUAUUAAAUUCUAUGUGAACAACUAAGUUGUAGCCUAUAUUUUUUUCUAUAUCAAGCCAUAACCCAACCAUGCAGCAGGAACGCUUGCUGAAGGUUCUAGUCAUCGGUGACCUGGGGGUCGGGAAGACGUCCAUAAUAAAGCGUUAUGUCCAUCAGAUAUUCUCCCAACAUUACAGAGCCACCGUCGGAGUCGACUUCGCCCUCAAACUCCUCAAUUGGGAUCACAAGACGGUCGUGCGACUGCAGCUGUGGGACAUCGCAGGCCAGGAGCGCUAUGGCAACAUGACGCGGGUUUACUACCGCGAGGCUGUAGGAGCGUUGGUGAUCUUUGACAUGACGCGGGCCUCUACCUUCCAGGCUGUCCUCAAAUGGAAGGGAGACCUCGACUCCAAGGUUGCUCUGGGUAACGGGAUGCCAGUUCCGGCCGUCUUAUUGGGUAAUAAAUGUGACCAGCUGAGUACGGGUCUCUGUUCCAAACUGCCCAAACUGGAGAACUUCACUAGAGACCACGGCUUUGUAGGGUGGUACGAGACCUCCGCCAAGGACAACAUCAACAUCGACGCGGCCAUCAUGUGUUUGGUAGAGAGCAUCAUGGCUGUAGAAGAGGAGAGGCCGCCAGCUGGAGAUCCUAGAGACCCGAGCAUCCUGGUCUCACCACGCUUUGACUACAAUAGGACAGGGAUGGCUGGACUGCCGGGGUGCGAUGGGUGUAAAAAGCGACCUCUGCCUGGCCGAAGGGAGAUGGAGGAUAUUUGAGGGAUGAGAGAUGGGGGGGGUGGAGGAGAGAGGAUAGCGAGCUUUCUAGUUGUGAUGGGAAUAAUAAGUUAACUUUGCUGGGCUAGAGGGACAUGGGCGAUAUCUGAAGGGGGGAUUGGGGGAGAGAGAAGGACAGUGGCUUUUGACUCCAAUGAACUCUCUAUGCUAGGAUGGAAGGGGACUGAGGGGGAGAGAUGAAGGAGGAGAUGGGAAGGAGUAGGGGGAUAGAGAGACACACACAGAGAGAGGGGGAUGGGAAAUAUAGUGAGUGUAAAAGAGAGAGCGAUAGUAGCAUGAUGCAUUAGAUAUGGAUGGACUGCUACAAAGGGUCAUGUGAACUGAGCUAAGCCUGGAUGACAUGAGAGAUCUAAUCACAUCACAGUGGAGGACAGAAGCAUCCACAUCGGUAAGGAAACAGCUGUGAUGUUAUCAAUAGCGUUGCUAUUGCAACACACUCAUCACGAAGGCUGCUUUUGUAAAUUCACUCUGGCUAUCUUUCCCGAUUUCAGCGCACUCUCAUCUGAGUGUGUCAGAGUGCAGAACAACUGAUGAAUUUACAAACUUUCAACACCCGCUGAAUAAGACCGGUGUCAAUAAACGUCUGCAAGAAAACGUCAUUCAAUUGUUGCCAGGAACACAGUUACAGUCACUAAUGCUCUAGAUAACAUGAAAACAGCCUAACCAGCUCUGCUAGGGUGAGUAAAAUGGCCAGUGAGGUGUUCUCUCAUAUGUGUCUAGAAGUAGCUAGUGAGCUAGCCAACUUUAGCCAGUUAGCUUGGGUGCUUGAUUGCUGUUGCGAGGUCAGAACACUCGGAUCAACCCUUCUCCACGGGCCAGAGCGUCCAGUUUGCGCUCUGAACGCUCCGAGAGCAAAAACGCCGAUUCAUUAUCACAGACUAACUUACACCUUUCAGCCUCCCAGAUUUUACAAUCUGACAAUGCUCUGAAUUUACAAACGACCCAGAGCGUACUAUGAAACACUGGGGGCAAUUUAUGAACACACCCAUAGUGAAAAAGAGACAGUGUCGUUCUAUACCAAAAUAAGAUAUAGCAUCUUCUGUCUGUAUGUGUGCUUGUGUAUUUAGUUAUAACAAUCAAUAUUAAACUUCUGUCUCUACACAGCUCUGUAAAGUAUAAUUAAUGUUCAACAAGCUAUGGCCAGGUCACACCCAUUAACCAACAGCUUGAGAAUGAUGCGAAAGCUUACUGAAUGCUUCCCAGUCGAAACAGUUUGGACCGGUCUCCUCCCCUUCAUCGAGACUGAUUGAAAUGGAUUUCCAAGUGACAUCAAUAAGGCAUCAUAGCUUUCACUUGGAUUCACCUGGUCAGUCUAUGUCAUGGAAAGAGCAGGUGUUCUUAAUGUUUUGUGUACUCUGUAUAUAUUAUGACAACAUUUUGUGGCAUUUUUGUUCGUUUUGGUGUUUGGCCCCUUUGUCUGUGAUUGGUCAACAGUAGGGAUUCCUCAAUGAAGUGUUUGCUGUCAAUCAACGACAAACAACUAAUUUUCAUGCAAAUCUUGUCACUUGAGAAAAACAGCACCAAAUAUCUUAGUUGUCAAAUUGGGUGAAAAAGACCUCAACAAAAAUGUAAACAUUUGACAUUUCUUGAUUUAUCUUAAAUUGAUUUGGACUAUUUUGA